UCUCCUUUCUUCUUUUUAUAAAUAAUAACAAUCGCCCUCCUAAAAUUCUCUUUUUUUAUUCUCCUUUUAUACUUUGGGGUUCUUUUCUAUUGUAUCUGUAUCUCUUCCUUUCCACCCUCUCACCAGUAAUGAUUUUCUCGUUACGGGUAUCGUUGUUGAGGAAUCUGAGGUGGUAUGGUUUUGGAAAAGUAGCCGUAGAAGUGAUAAUAGUAGUAGUAGUAGAAGAAGAAGAAGAAGAAUCAGAAGAAGAGCGACAUUCGAUAAUAGUUAUUCCUAUUUCUGGCACUUAUUUUCUCUGAUCACUAAGGCCGAUUCUGAGUUCUGGGUUCUAUUAUUUGACAUACUGGAUUCUUUCUUCUUUGGUUCUUUUGUUUUGUUUCUUGGGUGGGAUUUAUUUGUUUUUUGAUUGUUUGGUCGGGGGCUUGAACCUGAAUUGUUUCGAUUCUGUUUUCUUUUCUUAUACCUCUACUUUUUCUGUAAUUCCUCAUGUCUCAACAAAGACAAUUCCAGAUGGUUGGAGGCAAUAAUGCUGGGCAGUUCGGAGAUACAACAUUUACAAAGAUCUUCGUUGGUGGGUUGGCUUGGGAGACUCAGCGAGAAACGAUGAGACGCUAUUUUGAGCAGUUUGGAGAGAUCCAAGAAGCUGUGGUGAUCACCGAUAAGAACACCGGAAAAUCUAAGGGAUACGGUUUUGUAACGUUUAAGGAUCCGGAUGCCGCAAUGAGGGCUUGCCAGGAUCCAUCACCUGUGAUCGAUGGAAGAAGGGCUAACUGCAAUCUUGCAUCUCUUGGUGCACAUCGGAAUCACCCAUCUACUUAUCAGCAUGGUAUGGGAAGAUUCAGACCAGCACGGGGAUCGGUGGCUCUGCCCGCUUAUCACGGAACCUCUUCAACGUAUUUCCAUCAACCAACCGCUCAAUAUUCAUUUCCUUAUUCUGCAUACGGGUACUCAGGAUAUUCACAAGAAAACACGUACCCCAUGAACUAUUACAGUGUAUAUGGAGGUGGAGGGCAACAGUUCUCGCCGUACUACGCUGCAACGGCAGCGUCACCGGGGGCGCCCGGCAUUUUCCAUAAUUUCUAUCCAUUCUACGCCCAAUAUAUACACAGUAAUCAAUCCCAGGGUUUCGGCAUUCAGUAUCCCCAAAUGGUACAAUACCCAUAUUUACCUCAGCACUACGGUGGCGCCGGUGGGGUCCUGUCAAUUCCAACUUCAGUUGCUGCUUCAACAACCGAAACCUUAACCACGACGACAACCAAAGUGGGGGUGGCAGGAUCAGGUCCCAGUGCUUCACAACCCGAACAGAACACAUCAACUUCACCAUCGGCCUAGUUUUUAUGAAUGGAGAAAAUCUAAUUUCGUUCCAUGAAGACACAUAUUUACAGGAUUCGUCAACAUCCAAAGAGGGGACACAGAAAGCAAACGGAAGAGUGUUAAAAAAAUCAAAAACAAGAACAAGAACAAAUAGAGAAGUGGUGGCAUUGGGACACUUUAUUUUGAGAGCAUGCCUGAAGUUGUUGAUAUUUGACUGACAAGAAGAAGAAACAAGCAUAGCAGCAACUGCCGGACAGAUUGUUGUUAAUUCAUGGAACGGGCGAUUGAGCUCGCUCUGCAUGCUAACCAUCGUCCAUUCAUUCAUCUUCGUAUUUUCGAGAUAGAUAGAGAACACGGUCAUUAUUGUCGUCAUCGUUCAUCAUCUCUCAUCAUACAUGGUUGGGGAUUGGGGCAUGGGGGAUUUAGUAGGAGAAAUUAAAAGAGGGAGUCUUUGUUUAUUAGCAUGAAAAAGGUCACAUUUCUUUCUGUAUUAAUUAGCCAAAAAAAAUGUCGAGACGAAAGACUGGUUUCGGAUUCGACCCAAUACUGAUCUUUUAAGAUAUAGUGGUGUAACGUCUCCGAAAGCACGGCGCUUCCGGCGACAAUUUCCCCGGCCAUGUUUUUAUGUUUAGUGAGGACUGAGGAGUGGGUGAGUAGCCAAUUGGCAAUUGGCAUUGGUUCAGAAGACUGAUUUUAUUUCUUCGGACCACAAGUAUCAACAUUGGUGAUUGGUUAGUCUAGGAGAAAGCCCAGCUUUGCAUAUAUAGCUUGGCCAUUUCUUUCUCUGUAAUUUAUCUUCUUUCUUUCUGAUAAUACAACAAUUAAUUAAAAGGAGUGGAGAAGAGGGUUUCGUCGUUCUUAUCUUA